CAUUCAAGUCAGUAUUGUUUCAGUAGCAAUGAAGUACGCAAUAUUUGUCGUGUUGUUUCCGUUAUUGGAGAUAACGUACGGUUAUAGCCGGGGUUGGGAAAAAGAUGUGCAGAAAUGUCGCGAUGGUGUACACAAGGUUUUGCAAAAAUUUCCAGAACCAACUUACAAAGAAGGCGAAACAAUUUGGGCAGCAUUUUACCAGCAAACUGAAGAGUUGAAAGUUUUGGCCAACAGUACGUCACCCAUACUAAAGUCGAACGCGGUUUCUAUAUUGGAAACUUUGGGCUUACUUGCCAACGCUGACAGAACACCAACUAAUGUUCUAUAUCAAUUGAAAAGAGUUUAUCCGGCCAAACAAAAAAUUUAUCGCGAUAUUACAUCCAACUCGACGAAGUACAUUGGCAACUUAAAUAAGCCCAUUAUCGCGUCCAUCGAUGACAUAGCAACAUCAAUCCUCAGCUGUUUAAAACAAUUUAACCGCAGAUAUGCCGAAAGGAGAAGUGAGCGUUGCGAAAAAAUUGAUUUUAAAGGGAUGGUACGAAGUGUUCGCUUGAACACAAACAUAAUUGCCUUCAUUGAUGGAAUUGCCGUCCAAGACACGUUCGCUGAUGAAACCUAUGAAACUGUGGGAAUUUUAUCGCUAAUCUCAUGUCUCUUGUUACUGUCCGUCCAUGGAACGAAUGGCAAUAUGGGAACUGUUUUGCACAAUGAGAGAUGUGACAUAUCGCCCACACUACGCGCUUGUUUCAAUGCAUUGGAUCCAAUAGUUGACGAUACCACCAAACUGAUUACCAAAUCAUCUUUCAGUAAUGUGAAUGGAAUAAAGCAGUUUCUAGGCGAAUUUGGGAAACUAAUUCCCUCGUACAAUCGGUCAUUAGAAAAGUUACUUGGACCGUUUGAAGGGGUUGGUAUCACUGAAGCGCAAGUAAAAGCGAAUUUGAAAAAAUGAUAAUGUGGUCAGCAAAAAAAGAUGUUGAGGAAUUUCGCGCCGUGUCAUUCACAAUAACC